UAAUGAGUCGUCACCCAGGGACCCAAGCAUAAUGGAGGUCACACUCUUGAUCUUAUUCUAACAUUCAAAUUAAACCUAGAAAAUAUAGUCACAUUUCCACAGUCUGAAACUCAGACCAUUAUCUCAUACAAAAUGUGUCUUGGUCCCAGUAUAUGCACUUACCACAUGACCAUGUAAACCUACAUUUGCAUCUGCUACUGCAGACAGAUUCAUCAGUAUUUUCCCAGAAUUAUCAUCCAUGAUUAAAUCACUGUCUGACCCCAUGGAACUUGAUCAGGAGACUGAUUACUUAGUUAAUGUUUCGCUACACUAUAAAUAAUCUAGCUCCACUUAGAAGAAAAGUGAUUAGAGAGAAAAACUUGCACCCUAGUAUAAUGACCUCACACGCACCUUAAAGCAGAUUCCUUACCUUCAUGUCAGGAUUUGGUCCUCAUCAUAACAAAGAGAGAGCACUGGUUAAAGUGGUAAAUGGCCUACUACUGGCUUCUUAUCAGGGUUGUGUCUACCCUGCUGGUGUUGCUUGACCAAUGUGCAGCUUUAGAUACUGUUAAUCCUACUAUUUUACUUGAUAGGCUAGAAAAUGUUGUUGAUGUUAGAGGAACAGCCCUCUCCUGGCUCAGGUCUUAUUUGACUGAUCAUUAUUUGUUUGUAGGUGUAAAUGGUGACUUCUCUAUGCAUACUAAGCUUAACCUUGGUGUUCCACAAGAUUCUGUUUUAGGCCCUCUGCUUUUCUCCUUACAUAUGAUGCCUUUUGGCAGGAGCGUAUCUAGUAUUUGAAAACAUCAGGGGCUGAGCCCAAAACAUCAGGGGCUACUUAGGCAGAGUGGGUUAGCAAGAAUAACACGUUUUGUAAGAGCAUUUUUAUGCAAUAUUGUUUAAUAAUAAACACAAAUUAACACAAAUAGUAUGCAACUUUAGAAAAUUUAAUUCAAUCAUUUUUCUGACUCCUCCCAUCAUUUCAGAGUCUUGCUACUAAAAAAGGAGUUGAUUAAUUUCAUUACCUUUUCUCUCUCACACAGGUAUGCCAUGCAAUAUUAUCUCUUUUACAGCUUGUGUGUGUAGCUGUGUCGUGGAGAUCCUUUAUUAUUACUAUUAUUUUACAAUAAUCUAUAUUAUACAUGCACCUAUUAUUUCAUCAGAAUCAGAAUCAGAAAAAGUUUUAUUGCCAGGUACAGCAAAGGGUCAGCAAAGAGCACUUUACAGUACUAGUAAUUUGUCUUGGUGUCAGGUGCAAACUUAUACACAGGUAUGUAAUGUCUGUACAAAUGUACACGAUUUUAGAAAAGAGCUAGAAUAAGUUAAAUAAAUACUGUAUAAAGUGACUUGCAUGAGAAGUAGUGCAAUGGAAUGUAAAAAGUGAAAGUGACUGUCCAAACAUAUAUACAGAUGUGAGGUGUGUACACAAUCUAGAAUUAGAUAAAUUUUGUGUACAAAAGUGUGAGUUUGAAUGAACAGUAGUGCAAUUUAGAAUGUGGAAGUGAUUGUCCGGGUUGGGGGGUUGGGGGUCAACAGGCUGGGGAAGAAACUGUUUGUGGCAUGAGGUCCUGGUCCCGGUCCUGAUGGACUGGAGCCUCUUGCCAGAGGGGAGGGACCGUUCGUUUCCGGGAUGAGAGGGGUCGGCUGCGAUCUAGGCUGCACGUCUCCGGGUACAGCUCCUGGAGAGAUGGGAGACUGCAGCCGAUCACCUUCUCAGCAGAGUGGAUGACACGCUGAAGCUUGGCCUUGUCCCUGGCUGUAGCUGCAGCAAACCAGACUGUGAUGGAGGAUGUGAGGAUAGAUUCAAUGAUGGCAGUGUAGAAGUUCACCAGUAUCUUCUCAGGGAGAAGAUUUCUGAUUUAUGCUGCCACUACUGUGUGAAUUAUUCUUUGUUUAUUUUUUAUUUUUUACAGCCUCUCUUCACUUCUCUUAUUGUUCUCUCAUCUCUCAUCCUCUCAUCUGUCUUGCUACUUGUAUCUUGUCUACUUCAUGCUCUUGGUGACUUUUCUAUACUAUUUCUUUGAGGGUGGAAUCAUCAGAGAGUAUCUCCGAGACUUAAAAUAGUCAAUCACCAUACUAAUAUUUAUAGUGCUGAGAAUUCCUUUUUCUACUGACAGAACAGCCGAAUGAUGGAGUCUGUUUUGGCCCAUUGUUCACCUAAGUCAUGUCUGUAUUUUAACUUAAAUACUGCAUUAGUUGAAUAAUAGAAAGUCAUGAUGUUCAGACUGUAAUGUCUUAGCAUUUUAACAGUUUAUAUUUUAUUUAGAUCUAUCUUUCGGCUUAUUUAAUUUAAGGCUUUUGUACGUCUUAGGUAUGGAAUAAUAUUCAAAUGGGUCCUUAUGUCAGGGGUUUUCAGAAUCAAAGACAGUGGGCCUCCUUUUUGACACAACAUACAUUUGUUAGCCUACUUUUAUCAACUGUGUUAAACAUUAAAUAUUAGAAGUUAGACUUUUAUCUGAAUAAUAAGAUUGUUGUGUUUUGUGACAUUUUUAUUGCUCUCCCGCUCAAGGUGUAGGUGUAGGACAUUAAAGUAUCGCGAGAGCGGUUCUAGAGCAUAUUCCAGCGCACACUCUCGCGGUAUUUUGGUAUGUGUGUGUAUGUGUGUGUGUGUGUCCGCGCGCGCAUGCGGAGAGAGAUGUCAGUGAAAAUCGUGUACAGUAAACGGCAACAGUACUCUAAUAAAAUAAUCAACAUCUCAUUAAUUCCUUUACGCUCCGGUGGCAAAAUUUGGGAUAAAACUUUCGGGGCUGGACGCCCCUGCUUGCCUCCACAAUUUCUUUAGUACAACUUCCCAGUCCCUUCACAAAUUCCUGUUGGACAUUUUAAGGGAGUCAUUGGUUUAAACCCACAUUUCAGUGCUACAAGAUAUGAGUCUGAGUAUACUGUGCUGCAGAACAUGGCCACAAAGCUACAGAUAUGCUAUAAAUGUCAUAUAGAUUGCAAUUUUUUGAGCAUUUUUAAUUAUUUCUUGAAAGCUUGCAGCAUACAGAACUUAAACCCCAGAUCCUGAAUUUAGUCUCCUAGGCAAUAAAUGUUCCACACCUACAGAAAUACAAAAAAAUGUUAAUAGGCCUACAGGAGUGGGUAGCAUCUGUAGCAAUAUCUAUUUAGAUAGCCAACUUAUCUACCACUAAUGCGUUGUAUGCAUAUUUCUCUACUUCAGCAGAGACUGUUUUGAGGAUUUACUGAUUUAUUGAUGGCAUAGAGAUCAGAAAUGAUCGCAAUUACCCCUAGAGACCCCGCAUCCCGACAACUACUUCAGACAGGCUUUGCUUUUCACUCGCACGAACAUUUGGUUUCAAACAAAACAAACAAGAAAAAACUCCGUCCUUUUUUUCUCCAAAUAGAAUUGUUAAAUAUUUAUUUGCAGGCCUACAUGUUAAAUAUAAAUAUCAACAUUAAAUAUAAUGUUAAGUGAAACGUUAUCUGAAACCUGCGCGCUUUGGAUAUGGCACGUCCUUUAUUGUGUGGCCCGACCAGGAAAAAAUCACUAUUUAUUCAUUUCUUUUCUUCUGUUAAAUACAAACCAGCAGAUGCUUUUAAAAUAACAAGACUGUCAGUGACAGUGGACAUUCGCUAUUUUUUGGCAGUAACAUAACCUCAUAGUAGGUUAACUGUAAGGUCAAGUGACACGUCCUUGUAAAAUUUACCACUGAACAUGUGAAUGUGCUUUGUGCCGUUCACAAAACCGCCUCUUCGUGAAUUUCCACACACAGUUUUCCAUUUCUAUCCAAUUACUUUUCGUCAGCCAUCUCAUGAAUAUACAUGAGGACGUUAUGCUUAUCCUUUGACAUUUAAUUACUGGAAGCGGACUUAGUUGGAGUGGCUUGACCAGGACGACUAUGACUCGUGCUACAGGCUUCCGCGAGUCGCUCUCCUUGCUUUUGUUGGGGAUCUGUCUCAUCACUUCAGCUCAGAAGUACGUGGGACCAGUCGGCCCACCAGGUCCUGCUGGUGUCCCGGGAAUCGACGGAAUUUCCGGGGAAAGAGGUGAAGAUGGAGAAGUUGGCUCUGCAGGACUUGAUGGUGAUCCUGGGAAACCUGGUUCUGCUGGACUUCCUGGAUUGCCUGGAGAUGAUGGUUUGACUGGACCCAUAGGAGAUGCAGGACCAAGUGGCCCCAGUGGACAGAAGGGAGAGCCAGGAAAACCUGGACCUCGGGGAGAAGCUGGUAUUGGGCCUGAUGGACCCCUGGGCCCACCAGGGCCUGGUGGACUUCCAGGUGACCUUGGUAAAGUUGGCCCUACUGGAGCUAUGGGUGUCAGAGGGCCAGCAGGACCCCGUGGGCCACAAGGACCUCGUGGUGCUGCAGGCAUACAGGGUGGGACAAUGGAACUGUGCCCCAAUGCAUGUCCACCUGGUACACCUGGACACCCUGGAUUACCUGGGAUGAAAGGCCACAAAGGUGUGAAGGGUGAGGCCGGAGAACCAGGUAAACAGGGACACAUGGGAGAAGUGGGAGACCAGGGUGCCCCUGGAGAGGUUGGAUCCUACGGCCCAAUAGGUCCACAAGGAAUUCAAGGUGCUACAGGAAUUAUGGGUUCCAAAGGAGAAAUGGGACCUCGGGGCAAUGAUGGGGAUCCAGGUCCUCAGGGGGUUGUUGGUGCCACUGGUGAUCAAGGCCAGAGGGGCCUAAUGGGAGAAUCUGGUCCUAGUGGAGAACAAGGAGCCCAGGGACAAAGAGGCAUCACUGGACUUCCAGGGCCAAAGGGUGAGAGUGGUUUACCUGGUGUAGAUGGGCGUGAUGGAAUUCCUGGAUUGCCUGGACUUAAGGGCAGCCCUGGGAAACCUGGAAACCCUGGAGAGAUCGGACUUCAAGGACUACCUGGCUUACCUGGUGUUACAGGAUCAAAGGGCGUUCCUGGUGAAAAGGGCAGUGCUGGACAGUCAGGCCUUAUUGGAACUAUGGGAUCUGCUGGGAAGCCUGGAGAACGUGGAAAACAGGGAGAAGUUGGACCUGUUGGCCCUAUUGGUGAACCGGGAGAUAGAGGUGAGCCAGGGCCAUCUGGACCUAUGGGGAACCCAGGAGCCAGAGGCUCUAAAGGUGAUAUUGGUCUUCCUGGACUUCCUGGAUCCCCAGGUGCACCUGGAGAGAAAGGAGAAAGGGGGGACCCCGGUGAAUUAGGAUCUAAAGGAGAACAGGGAGGGCAAGGUGCAGAGGGAUCCCCUGGAGACAAAGGAGAUGUUGGGGAGCUUGGAGAGCCUGGACCUAAAGGAGCAACUGGUUAUCCAGGAGAACCAGGGAAGAGAGGCCCUGAAGGUGCCCGUGGGCAGCCUGGGAUCGAGGGACCCCAAGGUAGUGCUGGACCCCGUGGCGUACAGGGGAACAGAGGAGCUCCUGGUCCACGUGGUUCUCAAGGCCCCGCAGGGAAAGGGCCAGGUGAUCAGCACAUCAAACAAGUUUGUAUGCGAGUAAUGCAGGAGCAACUGGCCCAGCUAGCUGCCAGUCUGAGGAGACCUGAGUCUGGUGCUAUUGGACUGCCUGGCAGACCUGGGCCCCCUGGUCCUCCAGGUCCCUCAGGAGACAGUGGUUUCCCUGGACAAGCUGGUGCAAGAGGACUCCCUGGGCUCAAAGGACCUCCUGGAACAAUGGGUCUCAAAGGGCCUAAGGGUGAAUCUGGAGAUAGAGGAGACAGAGGGCAAACUGUACGAGGUCCUAAAGGGAUGCCAGGACCACCUGGCCUGCCAGGUGAGCCUGGUAAGCCAGGUUAUGGUCAAGAUGGCCAUGAUGGUGGAAGUGGUUUACCAGGCCUUCCUGGACAGCCUGGUGUUCCUGGACCUCCUGGCCCUGCUGGACCUCCAGGUCACUGUGACCCAUCAGCAUGCAACUUGAGCAUGGGGACUGCUUCCCAGUCCCUCACAAACUAUGACCAUAAAGGGCCAGCUGGUUACUGAGGUUUUUUCUGGACAAAAAAACAAGAGAGAAUGUUGUGUGUAGGAAUAUUGUUUUGUAUUUUUUAUACAUUAAAGUGCCCCAUAACACACAUUAUGUUUAAUUAUAAAUUGGUAAUUUAUUAUUGCCCUUUUUUUAAGAUCUAUGGUUUAUUACAAAAGGGCAAGGUGACUUGUUUGAACCUCACAUUGGCUCUGGCUGGGGCCCAUUCUGAAGUUAUCAUGUUUGUGUCCUACGCUCUCUGAAGGCUAUGCUUUUCACAAAAAUCUGAAGGGCCUUUUUUUCUCUACUGGGACUUUCUCUUUUCUCUAACUAGGCUGUUUUGGGAAUGCAACAAAUGCAAGCUACUGGUUGUUAUCAGGAGUAGCUGUAAACAACACGGAACCCAGAGUGUACUUGACAAAGCAUUUUUAUUUAGCUGUUUUAUUCUGUUUAUAGCAUUUUAGAAGGGUCCUUUAAAAGCUUCACCACUGGUUAAAACAAGCCUACAAAUGACAAGCAUGGGUAAGCAUCAGAAGAACAUCAUGUUAAAUUGAAAGCAGAAUGUAUUUGUUCACCAAAAUCAGAGAAUUCAUCAUAUAUUGAUAAGUUGAUAACUUUUCCUGCUUUAGCUAUUGAAAUUAUAUGUUGCUACUGUGCAUUUAAGUAAUUUAUUUAAGUGCAACCAAAUGUGUCAUAAUAUUCCAUAACAGCCCCAAUUACUAACAACAGCAAUGUAAUCUAGCACAAAAGUUCUAUUUACAUCAGUAGUCUUUAUUAGUUUGCAUAUUGGACUAUGAGAGUCUCAAGCAGUUGAACAAAUUUUGUAAGAUUGUAACAUGAGCCACUGUGAUAACAAAGGUAUAAACUUAUAUAAUUCAAGAAUCACAUUUUGAAUGCAUUUUUAAAGGCAGUAUUUUAUUUUGUUGUGAAGUGGCUUUUUUGUUAUAAAUAAAUAAAUAAAUAAAUAAAUAAAUAAAUAAAUAAAUAAAUAAAUAAAUAAAUAAAUAAUUGUACAAUAUAUUUAGGCAGCAUAUCACUGGACCCUAAUGUUCCUUCUUGGUGAGAAACCAUUGUAGUUAUAAAUAAUGUUAUCAAAGCUGAAACACUAGUAAACUGAAUUAUCAGUUAAAGUAACAUGCUAUCAGGGUGGCCCUUCCAUCUAAAAGGGGAGUGGCAAUUUUAGAAGAAAACACAGUGCUACAUAAUUUAUUUUAUGAAUUUGUGUAAAUUUCUGUUUUGGGCUGCACAGUGUAAAUGCACAUUUUGCUGCUGGGUUUAGGGGCUUAUGAGGAAUACAUAAAAACAUGCAAUGGUACAUUGUACUUCUGUUUGUUUUAUAUAGGAAUUAUA